AAAGAAAACGAUCUUGGUUGGGGCGAGUCCCUACCCAUGCUGGUAAAGCAGAUAUCAUUGAUUUCUUCAAAGAUGUUGGCCAAGUUGUUCGCGUUCAACGUAUUGUGAAACCCUGGCUGAAGGCGAAUACUAGAAUGGCCUUUGUUAAGUUUGCUUCUUCUAACGAAGCAGAGAAGGCUGCCCAAAAGCUUGAAAAUUUGCAGAUUUUUGGUCAGAUUAUUGCAUCUUACCGUCCUUCACGACUCAAGUAUUGCAAAGAUCACAUAGUCUGGAACAAAGAUUACCUUCUAGGAAAAGAAGAUGAGACACCUUCCAAUUUUGUUGAGAGUGUUCUCUUUGUUUCCAAUCUCUCUCCUCAGACUAAAAAAUUUCAUAUCAUCGAUUACUUCAGUUAUGUUGGAGAAGUGGUUACUGUUCGACUUAUUGUAAAUCCCGAGGGUAGGCAUGUGGGCUAUGGCUUUGUUGAGUUUGAUUCUGCGAUGCAGCACAUAAUCGCUCGAACUUAUGAAUGGUGAAUACUUGCUCGAUCACAUGGUUUUUCUUGAUGUGGCUAAGCUACCUCCGUACCGUCUUCUACACCAGUACAACCUUGCAGAGAAGCUCUGUUACGAAGACUAUCUUCGACGAGCGACACAAAAAGGAAGACUUGAUGAAACUUCCUAUGAAGAAGAAGAAGGCCUUGAUGGAACUCCAAGUUUUGUUGAGGCAGCUGCUGUAAGACGUAAGACUAUAUCUGUCGGCAAUCUCCCUUGCCCAAC